AUGACGACAUUUGAACCAUUGUCAGAAAUAUCAGAUCAAGGAUUGAUAGCAGAUAUAAAUACACAAUUAGAAGAUGAAAAUUUACCAUUAAUGCUACCAACGUUACUUCAAAUAGCGAUAUAUAAUUUGGACGAAGAAUUAUUUGAUUACUUAAUUGAAAAAAACGCAGACAUAAACAAGAGUUUUGAAACCUACGGCAGUCCAGUGUAUCUUGCUGUCAGCAAAUCGUCAAGUAAUUUGAACAUAUUGAGGAAAUUAAUAGAAUAUGGUGCUGAGAUAAAUUUGCGUGAGUUUAUUUAUAAUUGGACGCCAUUGCAUUUGGCAUGUUAUUACGGUAAAUGCGAAGUAGCCGAGCUUCUGAUUAAUUACGGUGCUGACAUUAAUAUGUCAAAUUUGUACAUCAUGAAAAAUCCGACAGUUAAUAUUGGCAUUACACCGCUGCAUAUAGCGAUAGAAAGGGAUCAAAUACGAAUGGUUGAAUUACUAUGCCGAAAAAAUGUAAACACAAAUUUGGAGUCAAUUAAUCGAGGAACGCCAUUGGUCUACGCAAUUUUAAAAGAGAGAAUAGAUAUGGUUAAAAUUCUUGUUAAGAAUGGUGCUGAUGUUAAUAAAAUUUCGAAGAUAUGCAAAACUAGAGAAACUGCUUUAAGCUUUGUUGUCAUUAACGAAUUCAGUUUGACGCCUCUACAUGCCGCUAUUAUGAAACAACAACGGCGAGCAGUUAAAGUUUUGUUAUUAAAUGAUAAAAUAAACGUUAAUAUUGUGAUAAAAGAAUUACAUACUCCGUUACAUUAUGCAGUAAAAGUUGCACCUAGUAUUGUUACGGAUUUAUUGAAUGCUGGUGCUGAUAUAAAUAUUUGUAUCGAUAAUAAAACAAUUAUUGAAUAUUGCAUAGAAAAUAAUGUAUCAAAAAAAACAAUUGAAGAGAUAAAUCAGCAUAUUGUUAAAUUAAGAUCAGCUAAAUUAUAUAAUUAG